CACCAAAGCAACUUCCGGCUAAUGAGGACACGUCACUCAUUCGGCUGAGGAAGAGGACCUGUGCAAAAUUUUCUUGUUGUCCCAUUUUUGUACAAAUUAGACGGCAGAAUCAUGUCGAGCUCAGUCAUAUCGGUCAUUUCUCGGUUUCUAGAGGAGUACACCACCACGACUCCCAACAAGCUGAAAGUGGUGGAUGCAUAUUUGCUGUAUAUCCUGUUGACAGGAGCGCUGCAGUUCCUUUACUGUCUGCUCGUCGGCACUUUUCCUUUCAAUAGCUUUUUGUCUGGCUUCAUCUCAUGUGUGGGCUCUUUCAUUCUCGCAGUGUGUCUUCGUAUCCAGAUCAACCCACAGAACAAAGGAGAGUUCCUGUCCAUCUCCCCAGAGAGAGCUUUCGCUGACUUCCUAUUCGCUCACACCGUCCUCCAUCUGGUCGUGAUGAACUUCAUCGGUUGAAACAGACGUGCAUCUGACUGACAGUGUCCUCUCAGAAGCUCACAGCAAGCAAAUUUAUCAGAACUCUCCUUCAAUACAUGAGGCUACAUCUGCUUUUGUGCCAUUGAUCUGGGGAGUCUCAUCCCACUAUCAACACUGAAUUGGUCGCAUCUUGUCAUGUUUGAUGCAAUACAAUUUUAUUUUAUUUUUUUUUUUUUUAAAGAUAAUGGGUUGAUUUCUUUCAUUUUUUUUAUGUUGAAAUUUGUAAAGCAUUCCCUUUUGCACUGACAAGACGAAAUAAAAACUGAAUUGGA